UGCUUUCAGAGAGAAGCUGCUGCUGCAGCUUUCUAAUAAAAGGACCUGCACGUUUCUCCUCCCUGUCUUUACCAGUGGAUUUGAGAACCAGCAGAACUUCUUAACACCUAAAUGAACAGCUAAAACCCCUUUGCAAAUGAUGGCUGCAACUUCAGCUGAUUUAUCAACCAUUGGUCCACACAAGGAAGAAUUCUGGAGUAACCAAACCAACCUGACCAUAGAUGCCUCAGAAAGUCACAAUGAUGCCAGCUGUUCCUUGGAUGACAACAACUCACUGUCACUUGCUUUGAUAGCUUUUUACUCUAUUAUUUUUGUAGUUGGAUUGGUUGGAAAUAUCAUAGCCCUGUUUGCUUUCCUGGGCAUUAAUCAGAAGAGGAAUUCUAUCCAAGUUUACUUGCUAAACGUAGCUGUUGCAGACCUCCUGCUCAUCUUCUGUCUUCCCUUUCGGAUACUCUACCAUGCCACCAACCGCUGGAUGUUUGGGCGGAUUUUUUGCAAGGUUGUGGGAACUCUGUUUUACAUGAACAUGUACAUUAGCAUAGUACUGUUGGGAUUAAUUAGUCUGGAUCGUUAUAUAAAAAUCACUAAGUCUGUGAAGCGUCCAAAGAUGCUAAGCACUACCCGGAGUGUGCAGAUCUGUUGCACGGUGUGGGCGAUUGCGCUGACAGGAUUUAUAGUGGUAGUUGCACCAUCUUUCUUUAAGACUAAGGACAGCAACUCCACCAAGUGCUUCCAUUACCGAACCAAACAGAAUGCAGAGAAGACAGAAGCAAUUUUAAAUUAUAUCACUGUACUGAUUUUCUGGAUAGUUUUUUUCCUUUUGAUACUUUCGUAUGUUAAAAUUGCCAAGAACCUUCUGAAAAUUUCGAGGAAAAGGGCAAAUUUUCCCAAUGCAGGAAAAUACACCAAGACAGCAAGAAAUUCCUUCAUUGUUCUCAUAAUUUUCACAGUCUGUUUUGUGCCUUAUCACAUAUUCCGGGUUGUCUACAUCACAUCACAGUUACAAACCCCAUCCUGUUAUUGGAUGGAGAUCAUUCACACGUGCAAUGAGGUGAUGCUCAUAUUUUCAUCAUUUAACAGCUGCCUAGACCCAGUUAUGUAUUUCCUAAUGUCCAGAAGUGUCCGUAAAACUGUAUUCCAACUGAUUUGCAGAAAACUUCAUGGAGAGUCAAGCCUAAACCUGGAGAGCACUUCAGACAUAAAACUUGGCCAAUACACUCCAGAGCGAUUAUCUACCACCACUCCUCACUCCAGCUACUCAAGGAAGAAGUCUAUGAUUUGAAUGUUUAAAUGGAUCUCUGUCACUCUGGGUCACCAAUUUCAGAUCAAAAAAUCCUCUACUCUACAGCUACUAAUCCUGCCUCUUUCCUCCUGUUAAGAAAAAUGAGAAGUCUUACUUCUGUUUGUGAAAAUGAGAAGUUACUUUUCAGAAGAAUUUUUUUGCUCUUGUUUAUCUAAGAACAUAAAUUAGGAAGUUCUCAGACAUUUUGUGUUGGACUAAACUAGAACACUAACCCUUUAGGGAGAUUUUCACAAAGGGGUUUGAACCUGUAAACUUGUAUAUACACAUUAAUAUUAGUUGCUUGUGUACGUAAAUAAUAGAUUCCUUUUGCAAAAAGUAAAUCCUGUCCUAUUCGAAAGAUCUAGAGACCAUUACAGAUCUUAUGUAUUUUAUGGUUUUCUCCAUUUUCACAGGUUUCUAAGAGAUCAGUAUUUUUAUUACAUUUAUAAAUGUAUUUUUAAAGAAAAUAUUUUCGAAUUUAGCAAUAUGAGUCUUAAAAAUUAGGUGAAGAAUAUAACAGUUAUCAAUUCAGUUUUAAGUACAGAAGACAGUCUUAGUUGUAUUAAGCAGCAAAAUUAAAAUCCUACUAGGACCCUUGUAUUUCCAACAUUUUAAUGAGUGUCAAGGUCAAACACUUGAGGAAAAGCAAGCAAUGCUUUCAGAAAACUCGAAAUAAAUGAAGGAGAGAUGAGGUGGGUAUUUCCUAAGAUUUCCUUCAAUGUGACAAAUUUCAUGACUGCACAAACAGUUCAGCAAGGAACAUCAACUCACAGAAUGGAGCAAAAAGAUCAGCCAGGCUCAGGUAUUGGUCUACUCCUAGAUUUCCAAAGCCACACAUGCCAGUUGCAUGCUUCCUCCCUGGCAAUUGCUGAUGCCAUGUGAACAGCAAUGUAAUAGCAAUGUUUCAUAGCUACAGCUACAUUUUCAGAUACUAAACAGCUUUAUGUAUUUAGGCACAAACAAAUUCCAAACUGUAACAUUUCUCAAAAACCAGAGAGCUGAAGGUGGGAAUGUCUGGCACAAAGAUGACUAAAGCAGCACAACAAUGAACAAAUUAAAUGUCUGGCAUAACAGACCAGAAAGGUGAAAGAAAUAGAGGCCAGACAUCAAGCUCUGCAAAAUCUGUGGAUUUUUGCUAAUUUCAUCUAAUAUUUUAAUUUUACAGAAGAUAUAAUACUCUGCUUCAACAAAGUAAACAUAAGGUUUCACCUCAGCUAGCUAUAAACUUAGAUUAAUUUUUAUGUGAAUUUACAUCAUUCAGAUUUGAAUGGAACUGGAUAUAAACAUGUCAAAUAAAUUACAAUGACUAGCCAG